GUUUCACUUCUUUCCAGUUUCUUUCAGAGCAUCAACAGAUGCCUGAAACAUGAGAUUGUGGUCGAAUGUAAGAGGAUUUUGUGCAACAAUUUGGUCUUCAAGAAUGAGUUCUACUGCAGCUUCAAACAGAAGACUUGAGGGAAAAGUUGCAAUUGUUACAGCAUCAACAGACGGGUGGGUAACGCAAUAUUUUUUUCAGCUCAUUUCAAUCACAAAUUGAACUGAAAAAAUCUAUAUAUAAUCGAAUCUCAGGCUCAAAAACUUUGUAGUCAUAUUUGCGAGAAGAGAAAACUUAAAAGUAAAGAAGAGUUUACAGACUAGCCGUAACUAAAGGUUAGGAAGUGCUUGCAAACAUGUACGUUCACCUUCAAUUAAAGGUUCUUUUGAUAUUGUGUACGUGAAUCAGAGAAAGUCCCUUUACAUGUAGUUCCAGUGUGAACAAAAGGAAUCGGGGCGGAUCAUGAACGUGGAAACUGAAUAGAACAACUCAGUAAACAAGUCAAAUAUUGAGUUCCACGGUUUUAUUUGCAGUGGCUUAGAUACGAUUAGCUUGCGAACCAUCAGAAGCGAGGAGAGACAGCUGGAUGACAGCUGUAUUCGCAGGCAAAGGUACAGUGGAACCCCACCUUAUGGCCACCUCGUUGAUACAGGCAGAGAUUCCAACCCCAUGUGAUGGAAAAUAGGGAGUAAUUAUUAGCGCCGAAGGCGCGAGCUUCUAGGGGGGACUGGGGGCAUGCUCCCCCGGGAAAUUUUGCAAAUUUAGGUUCUCUCAAGUUCCAUUUCCUGAAUUUUGACAUCAUUCCGGCCUGAGUUAUAACAUACCAUAAUGCUUUUCACGAAGAAAGUAAGUAUAAUAUGAGUGUUUCACAGUGACAGAUCGCCAAAAAUUCUUAAGAUUAGCAAUUUUUUCCUAGUUUUCAGAAUUUUAUAAUAAAUCGGGAGAAUUUGGUAAAAAUCGGGAGAGCGGGAGGCAAGAGAUCAAAUCGGGAGGGUUGGAAUCUCUGUACAGGUCACCUGGUUAUUCUGGCCAAAUGUUUCUGACCCAUUGGUGACUGUAUUAAUGGGGUUCCACUGUACAAUGAAAACGGUAAUGUGUGACAUGAACAAUGCUCAACGUGGAAUUUAUACAGUCAUGACUACUUAAAGUCCUUUUAUUCAAUGGGAUAUUCAAUCCAUGUUCAAUGACCAAAGGUCGUUGAAAUGUAAUAGAAAAUCAUGAAAAAAGUUAUUGAAGCUUAGAUGACAAGUAAUGUAACAUGCUUGGAAAUGUAUAGAAAUAGAAAAACCAUGCACUCUCAGUGUAACCUGAAUUAACUUAGUUACAUGGAUGUAUAGACUUUGUAAUAACUCAUAUCUUACCGAAGACUCGUCCUGCUUAAGGUGAGAUCAGGUUCUACUUUCAUUUCCCUUAGCAGAUAGAUUUUCGGCGGGCAAUGUGUAUUGAAAAGUCUUGUAUUUAGUACAUUACUGUAUACCUAAAUUUAGUUAUGUGCGUUUUCGAAUCAAACAAAUAUUGUUGAAUCACUUGCGUUUGCAUUCAUGUGAUUACCGUGGACCUUAAACUCAACACUAGGGCCUUCGCGGCCAUAAACCAUGCAUAUUAGUUGGUUCAUCAUGGCCAUCCCAAGAAUGAGGACAGGUUUUGGAAAAACCUCACUAUACAGUUUUAUAAAGUUCUUGUGACCAAGAAAAGUCUGCGGGUUUCUCUUGUUGCCUGCAAAAAGCGGAAUAGACCUGCUAUUAUGGCACUUUAUUAUGUGCCAAUUUCAGUUUGUUUUCUCUUGUUGUGCAUAUACCGUAUUUUUAUUAUUCUAUACAUAAAAGCUUACAAAAACAAAGGAAAAUAGAAUAUUGAACCAAUGAUAAGCUUAAAAUUGAUUCAUACUAGUGAUGCAUAUUUUCCCUGUAAAGAAGCGUAAAUUUUCAUUCCACACUUUUGUAUACAUAUUUCAAAAGGAUUAUGGUCAUUUGAGUGCUUUGUAAUUCCCAUAAAUUAGGCUAAACGAUUCGAUUUGGCUGAGGGGCGUGUUAGCGUCAAGAUGUUUUUCUGUUAGCCUGGGACCAAGCUUUGAAGUGGGGGAAAAGGUGAAUGAAAUGGGCGAGCAAAGCAAGUCGAGCAGGAGUCUAACCCUUUCCCCCUCCCUACUCCUCUCUUUGCUUGCCGAUUUUUCUUGCUGUUUCAACCUUCCUUUUGCCUUUUUCUGCCACUACAGUGCCUGCUCCCAGGCUAUUUUCCCCUGCACAAGCUAAUGAUGCAAGCGUAAAUUUGGAAAAGUUUUGGAGCUGAAAACUUAACAAGUUACCUUAUCUAUCCAUUUCCUUGAUAGAUGAAACAUGGAAAAACUAAACAUGCUGUAUCAAGGUUGUUUCAGUUAAGUCACUCACUGUUAACAACAGUCCUCUUCAGGGCCCAGUUGUCGAAAGAUGGAUAGCACUAUCCAUUCAAUAAAUUAAUCUCUAUCCAGUGGAUGGUGCAAUUGUUUUUCCCAUACUUAUCAGCUGGAUAUUGAUUUAUCCAGUGGAUAGCGCUAUCCAGUGUUUGAACAACCAGGGCCUGGACUACAAUCACCUAGACGAUCACAUUCAAGCAAUUUAUGAAAUAUAAUGACUCACUGGGUUCAAAUCUUUCAAAGUUUUUGCUUUGCUUAAGUUGACAUUUUAACUGGGGAAAUCUGUAUUUUGUACAUGUAACAUCUUUUUUGCUAAACAGGAAGUGAUUACAAGUAAAAAACUUUUUGUGUACAACAUUUAAGUCAUGAGCAGUAAGAAUUUUCUUUUUAAUCAGCUCAAGUAUACAAAGAGUUUUGCUUCUGUUCUCUCGUCAGGAAAGAAACAUGUUGUAUUUUCUAAAAGCACUACAAAACUUUUUUGCUGUUUUUGCAUAGCCUGAUAAUUAACAGUCAAAGGGAUAGGAAAAUUCUCAACAGUGUGUAUGCAAACCAUUGACUUCGUGUUAGGUUUGCAUAACUGUUUUGAAUUCUCCUAACAUCCCCAACUUGUGUUUAAUUAUCAGGCUGUGCAAGGAAAGUAAAUUUUUAUUGCUUAAAUUUCAUAUUUUAUGUAAAUUAUUUUCUUUCUAAUGAUGUUCAUUAUCAUGCUCAAUGAAAAACUAAAGAGAGCCCAACCACCUCCACCUUAUUCUUAGUACCAAACAAUCAAAGUCCACAUGUACAGCUGGGCUGCAAAGCGAAGCAAGGUCUUAACUUAGAUAAAGUUGGAUGCUACUGUUUGCCAAGUACCUGAUUUAUAAGCAAAGCAAAAUUGCCACAAUAUUUUCAGAAAUUUCAAAAGUAAAACAUUUUACUAGUUUACCAGGAGUCCUAGCUUUUUUUCUAAAGGUGAUAUUUGAUACUUUGUACACGUAAUUUUAUUUUAUUACUAUGAUAAUAUUAGCAUUUGAAUUUCCACUUCAGGAUAGGAUUUGGAAUUGCUAGGCAGCUUGUUCGAGAUGGUGCCAAAGUCAUGAUUAGCAGUCGGAAACAAGACAGGGUUUCUAGUGCUGUUUCAGAGUUGGAAAAUGAGGAGCGAGGUUGUGAAGUUAAAGGUGUGGUGUGCCAUGUCGCAAAGCCUCAGCAUCGUAAGAAUCUCAUUGAAGAGGUCAGUAUGUUUCGCAAAUCCACUAAUGUCACAGUGAAACUGCUUAUUAUAGUAGUGUCCCAUGCAGCUGUUCUUUCAUGGUCUGAAAUUUGUUGUGGUCCAGUUAUCAGAAAUGAACAAAUUUUAACAGUGAUGACCAAAUCACGGACUGGUUGCCUACAUAAGUCAAGCUGCAGUCUAGGGGCCAAUACUCGUACAUGUAACAGAACUUUAUUUAUUCCGGGUGCUUGAACAUUCAACUUGGCUGACUACAAGAAUGAAUAGUAAUGGCGGUAAUAGGCAGUGGCCGCUGACCAACACUGUCAACCUCUUUGAAUACAUGAACAGUUGUGAAAAGACACCAUUAGGUUGUAGGUCGAGAUUUAAUUCUGCAUGAGAAAUGGUACAGUGUUAUAAACAGUCCAAUUGGUUGAAAGAUUCAGAAAUACCCGGUAAAAGCUGGACAUUUAAAGGCUCGGGUCAUUGCAAACAAGAAAACUCAGUCAGAGACAGAAGCUUUGGAACCACAACACAACUUAAUACAGCUUCAAAAAUUUAAGUCAAGGUGGUUAACAGCUGACCAUGGCUUUUAUCGUUAGGGACUAGAUUUCUCUUUGGACGCCUAGAUCUGAAAAGGUGGUUGCCCAGUGGUCGUCAAAAAUUAAUUUUGGACCCUGUCUUUUGUCUAAAUGUGAAAAGAUGAUUGUCCUAUACGUAACAAAAAUUAAUUUCGGGCACUGUCUUUGUCUCGUCAUGCAAAGCAUGAAGAGACAGGUAUUGGCUGCAUGGGAGACUAUAUGGUAGACUUUCGUAUGUUAUGCUUUUGUUUUGCCACUUAAAUGCUCCACCUUAAUGCUCCUUUUUUUCCACUAAAAUGUACAGUCUUCCCCAAUAAAGUCACUAAAAUUCUUAAUAGUGCCCAUCAUACAGAGUCUUUGUUAAAGAUCGAUAAAGAUUACUGGUAUCUAAAGUUUAUCCUCUAAACGGCUGCACUAGGGGGCAUUUUAUCUUGAAAAGUUUUUUAAGUUUCAUUUUCUCUGAAAAAAUAAUCAUUUUCCGAGAAAAUUCCAGUAAAAUGCUCGAAUAACGCUUAAUACUUUUACCUCUGAAAAGCAAAAACUAGCAAGCAUUAUAAUACACAAAAGCUUACUAUAUUGUAAGCUAAUUUGUGCUUAAUAAUUAAUAGUUAUCUUUACUGAUAUAUUUAGUUUGUGCAUUUUGUUUUUAGACUUUGCAACGCUUUGGUGGGAUUGAUAUCUUGGUAUCAAAUGCAGCCGUCAAUCCAACAUUUGGCCCACUUCUGCAGGUAUUACUGACAAAAGCCAAUUUUACUAUCUAAGGUAUUUAAUAGUGCAAAUAGUGCUGUACGUCAGUUUUAAAACAACCUGUUCCGUUUUCACUCAUGUGGUGCACUGUAAUACUUGUCCUUAUUCAUCAGGAACUAAAGGGAAUUUAUGUUUUUAAGUAGCAGUUUAUUCCAAGUAAUGUUGGAUUGCAUGUAUUCUUAGGAACUCAGGCUACUCCAAUAACCAUGACUGAUCCAGAAAAAACCUAGUUUCAUGAAUUUAUUGCCAACGAGCAGCCUUGCGAAGAUGUGAGGCUGCGAGGCGACAGCCCAAUAAAGACAUGCGCGAAAGUUCCAAGGCAGAAUGAAUCUUGAAGCGAUGUUACAUAAGGUAGUGUAAGGUGACAUAAUACAAAACAGAGAAUGCAUCGUUUUCGAGCGAACACGUGAAACAACAGAGAAUCCACGAGCCGUGUGCUUGUUUGUGAGUCCCAUGCUCAUCCCGUCUUCAGCCAAUCUUCGGGUGGGUUCAUUUGCAACAUAUGCAUAUAGCUCUCGCAUUUGCCUGCUAGCGUUUUUUAUUGUUUUUAGGCUUAAAAACAAUAGAAAACUCCAGCGGGCAGAUGCGACAGCUACACGCGUAUGUUGCAAUAAAGUGAAUAAAUCCACCACGUCAUUUAGGGCCUGUUUACAUGGAGGUGGGGAACCACACGUAGGUGAGGUAACCUGCUUAUGUGGGGUAAAAAAAUAACCCUCCUUUACAUGCAAUCUUACAACUCUGCCAUCCCGGGGUGCAAUUUCUCAAAAUUAUUGAGUGGUUGCCAAGCACAUAAACAAGAAAAAUGCUGGCAAACCACGUGUUUUGGCGAUUAAUGCACUUCUACACUCCUUUGUUGCUCUUGCUGCAACCUUCAGUGCUGUGGCUUUCUAUUGUUAACUUUAAUAAUGAUGCAAAGCCACCGCCAAAGUGAAUUUUGCGCGAAUUUGAUAUAUCACGAAUCCGACCCCGGCCAGGUGGGUUACCCCACCUUGGAACGUUUACAUGGCAAAAUUUGACAACGCCUGAGAGGGUAACCCGGUCGGGUAGUCCGGGCUACCCACCUUGGUGGGUCACUCCACCUAUCAUGUAAACGUGAUCAAAUUAAAAUGAGAGAUUAUGGGGACAGGCUGGUUACCCCACCUAAGCGAGUUACCUCACCUACCUGGGGUCCCCCACCUCCAUGUAAACAGGCCCUUAAAGCCGUAAAAUCUUUGCUCUUUGGCACUUAGCGAUAGCUAUAACUAGUAGUACAUACAGAUGUAGAUUGACGUUUUUUAAUGUGUACGUCUACAUCUACCCUGUGUACAGACGUCUCUCCUUCCUCAGGAAAAAAAUCCAACGUCUGUACACAGGCUAGUCUACAUCUACAUCAAUAAAUUGCAAAGUCCCUUAGGGGACAUGUCGCAAGUUUCAAAGAAAGAAAAUAAAUAUCAAAUAAAUAAAUAAUCAACCAAAUCAUACUGCUUUAACUUUCAAUAUUUCGAUCGUCAUGCAAUAAUUCAUUGUCUUUUGUUUGUAAAAUUUUAGACCCCAGAGGAAGCAUGGGAUAAGGUAAUCUUUUGCAAAGUAAACAUCACAUUUUCUGUCCUUAAUGUGUAAUAAACAGGUACAAUUUAUUUUCAAAAAAUUAUCUUAUUUGUAUUUAAACAGUGGCCGAAUUUAUACUAGAGACGAAAACCGGUGUUAAGACGAAGUUUGGCCCCAAAUUCAACAUGCUGACAGACGAAUCAAAUAAAGACGAAAAUAAGCGUACUUAUAAAUAUGAUACGACAUAAAUAUGAUUACUUAUGAUACUUUGAGAGGAAACGAAAGUGAAAAUAGAACGUAUCGAAAUUCAUGAAAGUGAACAUGAUCUAAGUGAACAUGUUUUUUGCAGGGGAAUGAACAACCUAAGCGCAGUUGAAAAAGAAACUGAAAAAAUUCAGGCGUGACCGGGAAUCGAACCCUAACCUUUGCGUUGACCGGACUCAACGCUAUCUGAUAUAAGUGAUGUAAUAUACGAAUGACUCAUUUUUUGUUUUGUUUUGUUUUUUUUUUGUUACUUCUUGGAAUGAAUCAUAUGUUACCUCAAUGGAUAGAGCGUUGCGUUCGGUCAUCGCAAAGGUCAGGCUUCGAUUCCCGGUCAAGCCAGAUUUUUUUUUUCAGGUUCUUUUUUAACCGCUUACCUUUGUUCAUUCCACUGUUAAGAUCAUGCCCUCUUUAUCCGCAGUUCAAAAUAUGAUUGACUAGCUGUUCAAUUUCCCGUAGUCUGCUACACACCCGUUUUUAGCGUUGACACGCAACGCACCGUUUGUGGGGAUUAGCGUUGCGUGACGACACUAAAAACGGCUGUGUAAAAAGACUAAAUUUCUCGCCUACUUAUUGCAUAUACAGCGGUACCCAGUAACUUGAAAUCUUAGUGACAGCCCUGGUGGAUGUGUCCGGAUCUCUACUCAGAAAGACACCCUGUGGUCCGAUUCUCUUUAGCGUUCACCUCCCACAAGCGAGCGCUAAAUUUUCGUAUGGGCGGUUAAUUACGGGAGGCCUGACUGUAAUAAUAUGUUUUUACCCUAAAAUUUUCUUCGACCAUUUCUCUGUGCGAAGGCUCCCACUAGUAAGCAAAAUGAGUGAACACGCUCUUUUGGUAAUUUGUCCAUAUGACUUAAAUAUUGUGUUAGAUGCCUGAUUAAUAGUGACAGCUUGGAAACUGUUUUCAGGCAGCACCUCAAGCUAUAGGCUCGAUUUCCUCCGUCUCCCGGGUCCGGUCUUUGAUCCUCCCCGAAGAGAGGGGGAUGAGUGCGGGCUCAUUUUCCCGAACAGCGGCUGGUAAUCGAGCCUACUCAAGCUAUAUCUGUUUCUAUCUGUUUACGUUUUCGUUAUUUUUCAGAUCUUUGAUGUGAACGUGAAGUCUGCCUUCUUGUUGGCGAAGGAUGUUAUUCCUUUGAUGGAGAAAAGGGGGUUUGUAGAUUUGUUUGUUUUGUUGUUAUUUUAAUGGAUUUUAAAGGGGCAGUAUCACUUGCAGAGUUUUUUUUUUUGUUUAUUUCGUCACCAAAGUAUGCUAAAAGGUUUUAUAAACUAACAACAAUUUUGCGCGUACAGCACCUUUUUUGGUACAUUUGAUUUCGUUGACCGUGUGACCACGACCUAAAAUUUCCUGAUUCAUGUUACGUUUUGUGGAAUACGUAAAAACACGAAGACGAGUUUUUCUCUCUCUUUCUGAACUUGGGUGCGGCCCUCAAGAAAUCAACUUCAAGAAAAUUCACCUACAUUUGACAGUUUAAGCGAGUUGGAAUGAACGCAAGAGAGUUAAAAAAUGCGAAUUCGUUUUGAUAGUGACGAUAUUAUCACCGUCGCCAUCGUCGUUGCUAAAGCUCCCAAAUAGCCUGCGCGGCUGUCGCGUGAUAGACUGCGAGUAGUCUCUCUUUUUCUUCUGGUCCCGGUUGUUCAAACGUCGGACAGCGCUAUCGACCGGAUAAAUCACUAUCCAGCGGAUAGCGUAAUUGAUUUCCGUAAUACUUAUCCGUUGUAUAGUGAUUUACCCGGUGGAUAGCGCUAUCCAACGUUUGAACAACCGGGGCCACUUGUAGAAAGGGGAGUGCACACGCGCGACGUGCAGAAAGCAAAGUAAGAUUAUAAUUAUCUAAAACUAAGCCACUUGGACCCGCUUCUCGAACGUCCCGUAAUUCUCGGAAAGCUCUUUGAAGUGUUUCAACUCAAGAUCGAGGUUUUGAUAGUUAUAACAAAACGAAAUGGACUGGUCAAAGAAGCUAGAACGCCAACUGCUAAUAUUUAGAUGUUUAUCCUACUGAGACUUUAGGCUCGUCAGUUUAACUCGACUUUUGAGAAACAAGCCUUUUCUUUCUUGCGUUCGCGCACGGGUCUUUUUUUUUGUUUUCGCUUGGUAAUUUGUUGCGUUCGUUCUGCUUCAGGUCUAAGAAAAAUAGAUGGGUGGUUGAACAGUGAAACGACCUUUCCUUUGCUCCUCGUACAAAUAUUAAGUGAGGACUGGGCACGAGUUGGGUACAAUUAUAUUACCAUUCGUUUAGUUGUUUGUCUCCUAUUUGUAUAAAUGAUUUUUGAUGUUUUUGUUUUGUUUAGGGGUGGAUCUGUGGUUUUUAUUUCAUCAAUAGCUGGAUAUCAACCAAUGCAGGUAAUGAUAAUUACUACGGAAAAUAAUACGCGCUCCUAAAUGUAUAAUACUCUCCAAUGGCUGGCUUAGCUUCAUCUCCGCAAGUGCAUGGGAGUAGACUUCACAAAAACAGUAGAACCUUGAUAACUCGAACUCGAAUAACUCGAAUUCCUUGCUAACUCGAACUAAAUUUUCUUUUCCUUGAUCACAACUUCACUGAAAUUUACCCCGAUAACUCUCAUUCCCCGGAACUCGAACUGUUACCGGGGUUCUACUGCAUUAAGAAAACCUUGAAGCUUUUAAGAUUAAUUCUGAGUUGAAAGCGGCAAGCGGUUUUAAAACCCAAAGAACUAAGGAACUGGACCUGCACAUUAGUGCCAACGGUGUAUUUGCAGUGAAUAUGACGUGUUAUGCCAACCGAUAUCCAUGAAAUAUAGCACGUCCAGCACGCACGCGGUUAGUUAUAGGCACAUUUUUGAACGGACGAAUUUUUUUACCUGUGCAACCCGUUUACACGGAACCGUGCAAAUUCUGUUACAGAUUGCAGUACUGCUUGCCGUCUAAAAACUUGCACGGUCCCUCGGGUCCCGUGUAAACGAUAGGCAGACCUGUGUAGAAGGGGUCUUGAGCUUCGUUCAUACGGUAACGGACAAAUUUUCGACCGGUGGAAAAUGCGUAACCACUCGGUCUUAAAGCGUAACCACUUGCACCCGCUCUUAAUACGUAACCACCCAAAGCUUACGAAAGUUAAACGCCAAAAUCAAGGUCAAAUUUCCAGCCGGUACGGUAAAAAAUUUGGCCGGCGCGGUGUGAACACCUUAACCGUCUAAAUAUUUGUACGGCAAAGGCGUAGCUGCAUAAAUGCGUGGUAAUUUAGCUGGGGAGAAUCCUCUUUGAAUUUGUUUAAUUAGCGCUCUCCGUAUGGGCAAAUGGUCAGUAAAACCAUUGAUGAAAGAUAAUUUUCAACGUGGUUCGUCAGUUCCGUGUGAACACAGGGAACAUAUUGGCCGCCUCGGACCAGUAGAGCUAGAACCGCUAUAAUUUUGCUUUACCACAACAGUUGCAUCCUUGUCUAAGUUUAUGAUUUAGUUAGUAGAUGACCUGCCUUGGCCUCUGCCAGUCAGGUAACACAAUCCCGGAAGUCACUGGCGACCCUUAGUGUGUUUUGUGACCUUCCCAUAAGGAGAGAAACAGAUAAUUGAAAAUAACGUCACGAGUAAGAAUCCCAAAUGGCCACAGACAAACCAGCCAGCUGGGUAUUUACAAUUGUGGCCGAGGAGUUUAACUCGAUCGGUACUAAUGAGAAGAAAUACGGCUAUAGUGGCAAGGGCAGCCGUAUUAUUUCGGAACUUCUCCAGGAAGACCCGAAAGGAGAAAACAAAUAACAUAGUUUGCUUGGCCUCUAGACACCAAAAAUUAUAUUCUAACCAUUAUUAAAUAGAUAGGAACUGUAACAGGAAAAAUGUACCAGAAAAAUAAUGUUUGAAAGGUGUGAAUAAAUUCUUAUGUUCUGUUACGUUAUGUUCCUCGCUUAAACCACGAGGCCCGAUUACUGGCCUGUAAUUCAAUAGCCAACGUUCGAUAUAUCAAAAUUCUAACAUGAAUUUUAGGCUUGAGGGACAGAAAGCCUGGGAGUCAUGUUAGAAUUUUUUUUAACAUCAAACGCCUAUAUCAUGGUAGCUGAAUGGCCCUAAUUUAAGUUUAUGUAUAGAGCGUUUUCACGUGACGUCAUUUCCGCCAUUUUGGUGUUCCCAAACAAUGAAACUGCAGCAAUGUUGGUUUCUCAAACCAGUCUUGUGGGAGUUAAACCUUUUUCUUUUAUGUAAAAACUUUCUUUUGUUCUUAUAAAUUUGUAUAGCAGCUGUUGGUUGCGUGAGUGAAAACGCUCCGUAUCUUUAUGGCGCUGUUACUUAAGGUGGCUCGAUACAGUUUUUCAGCGUCAACACCUCCCAGUUUUAAGCAUAAACUACGUCGCCGUAAACAGAGAUUUGGAAAAAUUGCCACCGCAGUUGUAUUAGAUAACGUUGAAAAUUUGUUAUGAUUAGGGUUGCAAUGAAAUCGAAGUUGUCAUAGCAACGAAAUGACGGUGUUACCUAUUUAACUUGCAGCAGUGUAAAGAGCGUUAUCGAGGUAUUUUUGGAUGAAGUUGUUAUGGUUAGAAAUGCGGUAAAAAAAUUGACAGUCUUAAUGUUCGGCCGUUAUCUGUGGAAAACGAAGCGCGUUUGACAUGCAAUUUCACCUCAUAGUAGUUUCAAUCUUUCUAAGAAAUUUGUGUGAAAGAUCAUGGAGAUAGCUCCAGCCGAUUGCUGAAAGUUAGUGUCGAGACGCUCCUGUUAGCGGUUUUGUAUACAUUUUGGUCUACUUUAGCAAAUUAGCGAAUAAUUUUUAAACCGCUCGAUAAAAAGAUUUUUUAAAAAAAUUAAGAUUCUUGAGAUUAACUGUUCUUUUCUAAGACCUUUUGUUUCAAGGUUAUUGAUAUAUUGUAGGCAGUAAAAUAAGGGCUACAGUUCGCUGUUUUGUCAAAAAUUUUGUGUUUACAAGUGAGAGCGUCUCAUUAUUCGGCGGUGUUGUCUCCACGUUUCAUAUUUUCGGGCACGACAGUUGACCACUCCGGAAAUACCAUAAAAUAACAUAAUGCUCUUUGUUUGUCACCUCAAAAUUUUCAAUAAGCAUUGUCUUCAGUUUCUCUUGGGAGGGAAAAUGGCCCUCAAGAGAAACUGAAAACAAUGCUUAAACAAAAUUUUGGGGUGACAAACAGAGCAUUAUGGUAUGUUACGGUAUUUUCUGGAGUGGUCAAUAGGUGGCAUUUUUGCAUAUUUUAUAUGCAUUGUUAGUUACUGCUGUUCAUGUGAAAAUGAAACUUGGAGACAAUACCCUUGAAUAAUGAGAGGCUUUCACUUUUAAAGACGAAACUUCCGUUUAGUAUCCGUUUAGUAAAUUUCAUUUAAUAUAGAGCAGGGGGUACGAUGAUUUGGAGGGGGAUCAGGGGGCUUAAAUUGUGUGUGUGUGAGUGUGCGCUUGUGUGUCUGUUCGGGGGGGGGCUUUAAAAAAUCGGUGAGGUCAAGGGGGAGGGCGUAAAAUCUGGCUAUAGAACCAAGUGCCUGAUUAAAUGAGCCGGGCUUGCUCGCGUUGCAGAGAUCUAGGCACCUCAGUUAAAUGCAAGAAAAAUCAACUUUGCGAUUAUAUGACAACCGACCCAGCCCGGUUAGCUGGGAUCCCUGUAUGGUGAUGUCGGGAUCCUAUUGCUUUCAAUCUCUAUAUAAAAAUACCAGGAUAAAAGUCACCUCGACAGAGCUAGCCAGCCCGGCUCAUGUGAUCAAGCCCUUACUGUGAGUUGUAUUGCACGCAAAAACUUUGGAAUUUGCCGCUUUCGUGGUUCAUGUGUGACAGAGUACGACUUAGGGUCUGUUUACAUUGAAGUGGGGGACCCCAGGUAGGUGAGGUAACAUGUGGUAGGUCACCCCACCUAUCAUGUAAACGUGAUCGAACUUAAAUGAGAGAUUAUAUGGACAGGCGGGUUACCUCACCUAAGCGGGUUACCUCACCUACCUGGGGUCCCCCACCUCCAUGUAAGUAGUCCCUUAUAAUCUAGACAGAUUCACCUUCAAAUUUCUGAAAAAUCGCCGGCCUCUAGGUAAGAUAAAAAAUACCGUAAGCUUAAGAUUUAUAAGUUUAUCUUUUCCGAGCAAAAAAUCGUCCCCUGAGAGGACAUGUCCUUCCUUACUUGCAACGAAUAGUCUGUACAAUGAAAAAGGGCAAUGACCGGUACCUAUCGUUUGGAGGAAAAACAUUCACACCGUGUGCUGCAAUGAUAAUUAUUUUCCAAAGGGAAAAUUUAAAUUAUUUAAUAUCGUAAAAUUUCGAAAAUAAGCCCCGGGGCUUAUAUUUUACAAAGGCCCUUUUUGAAGGGCUUAUUUUUUGAGGGGCUUAUCUACGGAGGGAAAUUUGCGUUUCAAAAUCGAUUGGGCUAGCCUUAUAGUUGGAGUAAAUUUGCCGUUUUUGCUUUGUUUUACUUUGUAUUUGAGGGCAAUUUUCCAGGUACAAGCCCCCGGCUGGCUUAUAUUUGGAGGGACAAUUUAACGGAGGGUUUUUUGCGUUACCGGUUUGGGGGGCUUAUAUUUGGAGGGGCUUAUUUUCGGAAUUUUACGGUAGUUUGUUUCACUUAGUGUACCUUGUUUUUUUCACUGAAUACGUUUGAUUUCUAUUGCCAAUUUGUUUGCCGUGCGUUAUCUGAGGGAUGUAACGAGGAUAAAUGCUGGCAGACAUGUUCUAGUCGCGUCGCUUGGCUUGUUUAUGUUCGCACGUAUUGCGUGCCUAUAGCAACUUUGAAUCAAAACAAGCGAUCUCGAUUACUCUAAUUGGGCGACGCCCAAAUAAUAGGCUUCUUUUGAAAUGGUCUACGUUACAGUGUCAUUCGAAGCGACUAUGCUUUCUCGGAACAACUGCGGUAGACAUAUCUGACACUGCAAUAUUUAUUAAGAACAUAAACAUGAACAAGUAGUGCUGAUUUUUUUCUUGAAAAUACGGGGAAGUUUCUUAGAAUUGUGUAAAUAAUUAAGGUAGCGAUUCUGCUUUGGACAAAGACAAUAUUAUCAUUCGUUUGAAGUGGUUUGACCACAGAAAAUUAUGCAAUUUUCAUACAAUCAGCCUAUAGCCUUGAAAAAUAAUCCGAACUCAGGUUCUGUUAAUAUAAACCUGACUAUACCUGACAUGAAGGUCAGUUGUUGCACGAACCAUCGAGUAAAUAAAAAAUUCACUGCCUAGCAAGUUGUCUUCGGUCACCAUUGAAUGAUUUUUUUUUCUCUGACGACUUUUCUACACAAAAACAUUUAAAAGAAUCUUGUUGAAGGUUUACGACAAUACAGUUUUCAAAGUCCAUUUGAAUUGAAAACGUUUUAACGAGAUGCUUAUUACGAUACGAAAAGAUGUAUCUGGUCCUUGUUAAUGCAUUGAAAUGAUCGAGGCCGCGGUACAGAGCUGAUAGCGACUCACCCAUUCUCCCUGCGAGAAAUCUGGAUUGGAGUUGUCAGUUGUACAUAGUUUGUACAUCAGAAAGACCCCGCAUUCCUUAUGUACGCCGUUUAUGAGCAACAAUGCCCAGGACAAGGUACUAUACUAUUCAUUUAGACUAUUGCCUUGGGCCCUAUUUUUCGAAACUUCCAAUCUGUAAAUCUCGUCUAUUUACCCUGGGCAAUGUAUAUCAACUAAAAUCACGAAAUCUAUUUUUUGUGUCUCAAUUACUUAUUCUCCUAAUAUGCAGCGUCUGUCAUGUGUGUGCCUACGUUCCAUAUUUACGCAGUCAGUUGUCCUCGAGCGACUUUUUCUCCUCUAAAGCCUUCUGAUUAUCCUCUGCCAACUUUUCUUGAGCCUGUUUGAGAUCUUUUGCAAACUCUGUAGCCAGCUGACGUACGUUCUUCUUCGCCUGCUCGAUGGUUGGGUUUUCUUCUAAGUAGUUGUAAAGAUCUUGCCUGGUAUCCCUGAUUUGUAGCAUGUACACACCACACACGUCAUCCAGAGCAACCCAUUUGGAAUAGUAUUGUACUGCACUUUUCUUGAAGCCCGUUGAUGUCCAAAACUUCAGUCGCUUUUCGUCAUCAUACUUAUCCAAGGCCUUUUGCACCAAUUUCUGCAUUUCUCCUUUGGCUAUAGACUCGCAGUGGCUUUGCAUUUGCUGCCAGAACACUGCUGCUUUCAUCAUAAUGGCAGAUAACGAUUUGAGUGCGCCAAUGGAGCUGUGCAAUGCCUCUAUAGCUGCUUCUGCCAAGGCGUUGUCAUCUUGACACCUCUUUAUCUUCUCGGCAAAUUCAAUGCACUCUUCUAUGGCCUUUUGGCGAAUUUCUCGUUCUUUCUGCAACUCAUCUAGAUGCUUCAUCUUUUCUUGAUUUGCCAUCUUCAUAGUUUCUUUGUAGCCCGACUUAUCACCAAUUUUCUCUAUCGCUUCGGCGGCUUUUUCAAUAUUUCCCGUCAUAGCGUUGCCUGCAGCACUUAUCAUUCCAUUAAAUAUACUUCCCACGGCGCUUAGAAGGCUGUCUUGCUUAUCCAAAGCCUUAUCUUCUUUUUCUUGGGCUUUGUCAUAUAACAGUUGCGCUUUUGCUUCCGCUUCAAGAGCAUUCUUUUGCCUUUGCUCUGCUUGCUUCAUUCUCGAUUCAAAGUCCUUUCGUUCUUCCUCACGAGUUUUCUUUUGCUUUUCUUCGGCGCCUUUUGCUUUCUGAGUGUCUUCCAAAGCGUCAAUGACAUCAUCUGUAGCCUUUUCAAAGUCGCUGUGUAAUUCGUCUGCGGCCUUCGCCAUUUCUGCUGCGACGUCUGUCAACAUCGAAAGUGUUUCCAGAGCCAUAUCUUCGAAUCCAUCCAACAGAUACUGAUAGGUGCUCUUCAGCUCUUGGAGCACACUUUGCGAUGCGCCUUUAAAUUGGUGCACCGUGACUGCUGAUUUGUCGGCCAGCUUUGUUACUUUAUAUCCGACUCUCUGUACUUUAAUCUGCACCUCGGUGUGCCCUGCCACGCCGUUGUAAGCCACACGAAUGAAGUUACCGAGUUUUCCCAGGUCGUCCACAAGACUUUGGAGAUCAAGCGAACCAAGCAGAAGAUCUUUGGCUUUCAGUACCAUUUGGCUUUUUGCAUCUGGAAUGGUAACAAGAUCGAAGGUUUCGUCACCAAUGACAACCUGAGAGUCAGCCAUUUCGUGUUUUAGGAUUCUUCUUUUUACGCAGUUUUAAGUUUUGGACACACAAGGCGUUAUGCAGUUUUCUAGCAAAUGCACUCGAAUGUGCUAAAUGUGAAACAAUUUAUGUGUUUGUGGCGGUCUAUUCUCGGAAAAUGAUCAAUUAAUCAUUGUUGAUGGUAAGAUAGAUAUAUAUCUGACCAAUGCUGGCCGUUUCGUACCAUAUAUGGUCAAAAUUAGGACGAGAAGUUACAGCUAUAUUACUUUCUUAGAAAAAAAAGCUUUCCCUUUGGAUCUAGGCAUUUAAGUGUUUUUUUGUUUUCCUCCAUAGAACCGUGCUAUCAUUGCUUUCCACGAAAUGUUUAUCACUAACUGGGCUUCAUGUUCCCUAAAGGCCAGUGCGAAAAGCCCGGCUGACGUGAUCUUGAAACCACUGAUAAUAAUAAGAAAACGAUAAGAAACGUUAAGUUUUAUUAGAGACGAAGAGACUGUUUAUAGUUUUUAAGAUAAAUAGUAAAUAAACCAGUCCGGAUAUUUCUCAGUGUGCAAAAAUGACUCUCGCAGACAGGCAGGUGAUGCAGCCCAGUUUUUUCAAUAACUGAGCUUUUUGUCACCUCCAGACCAGCCAUAACGAAAUCUGCACUUUUUCAGGAUUUUUUUGUUUUCUUGCUUGAACGAAUUGAGAUGUUGAACAGAACAUCUACUGUUCGUUUUUAUUUUUUCUUUUGUUUUUGAGAGAGACUCAAGGUCUCGUGACAUCUCACCUGAGUGCUGGUAUUUUUCGUACCAUAUUUAGUCUAUUGUGAUUGAUAUGGGUAGUUACCUUCAAUAUUAACAUAAUAAUGAAGAUCUUUCGUGGAAACAAGGAUAGCCACUUGGCACAUAGUUUGUGGUGUGUUGUAAUUUCUCUCCUUGGUACUAAGACGUUCUAAUCAGCUUCAAACUAAAGUUUUACCAUCAUGUCACUAAUCGCAACGAGUUCUAGGUGUUUCAACGCACUGGAAGCAGCCUUGGAGGCAGUGAAAACCGGUAACGCUGACAGCUCAGAGGUUAUGAUUAAAUCCAUAAGACAAGACGGAGUGUUGUUACAAAAACAGGCGUCAAUCCGCUGUGAUGAGCUCAAACAGGACGAGAAGAAGCAGCAAGAAUUAGACGAGGAUCUAACUAGACAGAUAAACAAGUUACACGCAGAAGAGGUUGAGCUUAAAAACAGGAGGCAAGGUUUGGAAGCGAAGAAAUCAGCGCUGAAUGAAGAGAGGGAACGUUGCUGCCGAAACAAACGAGAUGCAUCUCGGAGAUACGAAAAUGCAAAGGCAGAGAAGAGGGAAGCUGAAGAGAAAUUGGAGGAAGCGGAAAAAUGGGGUUGGGUGCCUGGUUACGGCUUGUUUCUAGCCGUUCGAGAACUUGUUGAAAACAAUGAGGAAAAGGCUCGUGAUGCACGCAGAGAAAUGGAGCGUUAUGACGAAGAAAUGAGAAGAGCCGAAAGUAACAUCCGGUCGGCAAACACCGCUAUUUCUCAGGUAGGUGUCAUUUCUUUUACGUGUUCUUUUAUUGUCAUAGGCAAAAAAGCAUGUAAAGCGAAACUCUCAACUAUAGCUACGAGACUUUUUGCUUUCGAAGUGUGUUUCUCAUUUGUCUGGCCCGUUUUACGUUAAGCGAAAAAUAAUCGGACACUUAAAGGGCGGAAUGUUUCACUUUCCGACACUUCGGCCUCCGAAUAACCUUCGCGUUAAUUUAACACGGAUUCCCGUAUAUGAUGUUCCAUCAAGCUCAGCAUUCUGUUUCAUCAUCUCUUUGUACUGCAGUUCUGUUCAGUGAUAUCGCUCAUUUUACAGGCCAAUUUUUCAUAUUUUUCUGCAGGCAGAGAAGGACCAAAAUGACAUUUCAAAGAAAGUGGCAGACCUAAAUAGACGACGAGAAUCAUGUCACGAGGAGCUUGGUAAAAUAAAGACGUUGAUUUCAUUCGUCAUGCAAGCUACUACAUUCUGGGAGGAAGUGAUCAUGCUCGCCAACGCAGCAACAGUCAAAACCGAACAGGUUGAAAAGAUUGUGGAUCGGGCUGCCAAGAAAAAUAGUGUCAAGAUUCUCAGUAGCAGAGGUACAGAGACUAAGAUGAGGUCAUUCAAAGAAUCCUGGAUGGAAGUAGCAGAGAUGUUUGCUUCUGAAGAAAACAAGCUGCUAUUAAACGGUGAGCUACAUAGAUCGAAACUUGCAUUUAUGUAGACAUAAAGUGCAAUAAUUAGGUAAGGAGUACUUUUGUAAUACGACUCAGGAGUGUUCCAAGUUGUUGUAUCAUUGUUGUUUUCAUUUUGAUAAAACGCACUUUCCACUUCCGUGCGUAGGUUGUUGAGAUCAUUUAUCGUUCAAUUUGCUGCUUUUUUUCUUUGCAAUACAUGGAAUCUAUCUUUUGGUACCAUACCCCAAACCUUCCCCUCUUUUAGCCUUUUCUUUGGCCUUCUAAUUUCAACGAAAACCAGUGGUAUGGUGCCUAAAAAUACAUACGUUCGCAGUGCAUGUUACCUUGCAGUAUGUGUGAAACCGUAGUAAUUUUGUACUAAGAAUAAUUGCGUUGUUCAUGUGUAAUACACUAAACUAAAUUGUAAAUGCUCAUGUUAUUUUUCCCAACAGAAAAAUUAUUCGUAAUGUCUCAGUGAAUGUUUCUGCCAUUUUGCCGUUCACGUACACUGCACUCAAAGAUAUAGAUGGAUACGGUUCCUGCAGCACCUUUGCAAUGGCGAUUCAUGUAGUGUACACCUUGUAGUACUAAGAGCCUGAACUCUGAGUUGCAACUCUUUGCCUUAUUGGAUUUUCUUCAGAAUAACCGCAGCUAUUGAAUGUUCUAGGACUUGUCUUAUCUGGCUUUGUAUUAUUUAUUUGCUAUCCAAUGAAAAUUCCAUGUAUUAUUGUUCAUUUUAUCCCUGCACCAACUAAUGCUUCAUACCAACUCUGUUGUUUCGAGAAGGAUGUAGUGAAAAGGUUUACGACAGAUUCAGGCUCUUGUAGCCUUAGCAUUUGGCAAAAUUCAGCUUUAUUUUUGAUACAAGUGAUACAAAAACUGUAAACUAGCAAGGGAGUUUAAGAUUGCAGAAUCAGGUAUCUCCAACCAUUGAAAUUUUUAGAUAUUAUAAAAGUUAGAAUUAAAUGAUGUUAAAAAAACACAAUUCCACCAAGACAAUAAACUGAAAACCCUUUUAUCAAAAAUGGCGAAAAGACCAGUCUCCUCUCUAAUUUGUGUAAAUAAAGGUAAAAGUGUACUGUAAGUUAAUAUGUAUGAUAGUGUGUGAUUUUAAUUCAUCAAAUGUUAAUUAUUUAGUUUCCAUCACUCUUACAACAAGCCACUUUCAGCAAUUGAGCGGCUGUUUUUGGCAGCUCUGAAAUUUCUUCCAGCAUAUGUUGUGUACGUAAUUGUGAGUAUAUAUAAUCGGUUUUUUUGUUUUUUUGUUAUUAUCACGUUUUGGUAAUUUUACUGUAAUAUUGUAAUAAUAAUAAAUUUCUUGAAAAAGUAAUUAUAAAAGAAAGAGUUUAAGAACGAGUCCGGAUUUAAGUGAUCGUUUAAUAUUGUAAUUUAUAAAAUCCGUUGAAGUUACAGAAUGAAAAAGAUUAACUGGAUACAGGCAGCGCGUGCAACGACCUGGGUUUUUGUCACGGCUUGUCCUUCUCACCUCAGAUUUUGCAGUUGCGACUAGCCAGGAAAAGAGAAGCCUUCUCUGUCAGCUAAUGGUUAACAAAAUGUCCUUGGUUUCUCCAAGUUCCUUUUAUCAGAGAAGACGAUCAUAUGCACCCUGCACUUUGCAUAAUCACUAUUCAAUUUACAAUAUGGAAAUUCUUAUCUUUUACAUUUAUAAACACUUUUUUAUCCCGGAUUUUAACACUGAAAAUUCCUGUAUGAACUGAAACUAAAAAAAACUUUAACCCACAGGACAAACCUUACUGAGACUGCCUUAAAAAUGCUUAUUCGUAAGAAAAACGUAGCAAACAGAGUUGAGUGAUGGUAGUUGAAAACUAAUCUUCUGUUUACAUUACUUCGCUGAUCUAGACAAAUACAUCUGGGUAGUGGUCACAAUAUUUUGGUUUUACAAAGGAAGUUGUCUCGGAAAUUUUAUUGUUCUUAUCGAUGUUAUUUUUUGAUCUUGGUCGUCAGCACGACUUAGUUUAGUAUGUAACAUAAACAACUGAUGACUUUUUCAAGCACACUUAGAAUUAAAAGAAAUUCCAAGAUAGCUAGAAUUUUACAUCACAACAAUACCUUUCGUUCUCUCAGGGGUUGCUGUAAGUGCUUACGGGUUUUCAUAAUCCAGCUAAAAACUAUUAAUUAAAAUAAAACUGACUUGCUGCUUGAGAGGUGACGCAGGUACUGGUGGUCCACAAAAGGGCGCUCCUGCACCUAUUUGAAAGACUGUUUUUGAUUAGCUAGGAAAACAGUAGGGAUUGUCACAUAACAAUGCCUCUAUCCCUGAAAACAAUGGAAGUGCAGAUUAAAGGGGACCAGUGAUAAUAGGGAACUUAAGAACCACGACGACGGCUUGGUCGACGACGACCGGAAGUGAGUUACACUGUACUGCGCAAGCGCGACUAGUAAAUUUCGUCGUCGUGGUGUCGUCGACGACGCCAAACAACGUAGAAUCACGUCGUCCUGCAAUCCACAAGCUUCGGCAGGUAUAAAUCCACUGUUUUAAGCGAUUUUUGAAGGCCUUUACAUUUUCUUGUCCUCCUAAAUCCAGGUAUCGUUCCUUUUUUCUCCAAACAAGCGAUGUUGAUUGAAAAUUCGACUAAUGAAUUGAUUUUACUUUGAAGAAUGGCAACAGCUGAGGAGGCCGAGUGAGCGAACUCGUAAGUGAAUUGUGAUAAUUUAUUAGUACGUAUUUAGGUAAGGCAAAUCAUAUAUCUUUAAUAUAGAGGAAAUAAACUUUAUAUGGAAAACAGCUAUCACAUCAGAAUGUCUCUUUUUCGAAAUCUAAACUCUGACGGACACUCGGACUCGGCCAUCUCAUUCAAGUUGAAAGUUGAAUAAUUUCGUACUUAAAGUAGGUGUAUUUCCGCUCGAAAAGGUCAGACAGCACAAAAAAUUUUUCAUCGUCAAUGAAAUUAGACGUACGGCUUGAACAAAUAAGAUCUUGCGUUGUUUUUCCCAGUCAACAGACGUCGUCGUCGUGAACUUUGUCGUGGUUCUUAAGUUCCCUAAUAAGCGGUUUAGAACGGUGCAGGUUUACUACCACAAAAAGGACAGAAAAAAUAUUUUAAAUGGAUAUAACAAGUGACAAUACAAUAUGUUCCGAGUGUAACCAGAUAGAAAGGAGCGGAACAUCUUGCACUUUCCAUAUUGGCUUCCCGGCGCUCGCUAAUUUUUCCUUGGCCUCCCCCCUUUUGCCCUUUUGACUGCGAAAUACUAUAGAGUGUUGUUGCGUAAUUUCUCCCACUUUCCGCCCUUUUUGAGAACUUCUACCUCCCGCUCUUUCUUUCCUCUCCUUCCCGCUCGUUCCCUUCCCGCCCCCUAUUCUCCCGGGCUCCCAAUUUCCUGUCCUCCCCCAUUUAAGAACAUGGCUGACAAGUUGAAAUGGGAAAUACCGAUAAUAACCCUAGCUAGUAGCCUCCCACGCAGACGUUCUUAAGUCUUCGUCACGUGUUCCUUCCUCACGUUCGUUUGGGAGGAUUGCGUGACGAGUCAACAAAACAUCUGUGUGGGCGGUUACCCAGCGAAAGGUCAGAGAGGGAUUCGAACCCGGGCGACCAAAUUAAAAUCCAGAGUUCCAAACCCCACUGAGUCGUGUUGCCUCUCUCCCUCUUUGCAAACUACCAUUCGAGAGUCUCUACAAAUCUAGUAUUAUAUAUUAAAAAACCGUUUUAGUUAUGAAUAUUAACCCAUUCGCUCCUGGAGAUUUUGCCGAAAAACGCGUUUUGAAGCUAGUCGAGUGGUUUUCUUGUCACUGUCGUGCUAUAAAGAACUAAAACUUACCACAAACCGGUUUACAGGUCGUACACUUGGCGGCCUUCUGAUCCAGAUGCAAGAUAUCAGCUUGCGAAGUUCGGGCAUGCGCAGAAAGCAAAAUUUCGACACAGCAGUCUUGACUUUUACUUUUCGCUUUCUCUCCUCCCUUUUUUCGCUUUUCUUGCCUCAUUUUUUUUUUUCUCUUGCUGAGCAUUUAGUAGACUUCAUUUUGGUGGGAAGAGUUUUUAGAAAAGCUUUUAGGAUCUUAGGAUUAGGUGAAAGGAAAGGUAGGUGGGUAAUGGAACAAGAUUUUCAUGGAGAUUUUCAGGUCCUUGUCACGUGGUUUUUUGCUUCUUUCUCCGGUGUCCUUGACUGAAUUGUGCUCAUUCUGGUAUGGUUUGAAAGAUCUCUUCACUCUGCACAAGUUAGCGAAGAAAGUUGUCCUUGACCGUUAAAACUGAUGACGUCACAAAGGGUAGAAAGGACCUGGAUCCGCACGGGCGGUUACGGGCGGUUCAGGGGCGAAUGGGUUAAGCAAUAUGUAAUUUAGAGUUAAAGAUAUCCUACAAUUCCUUUAUUCAGAAUAACUUCUCACUCACUCAGUUUUGCGAGCGCUUAUGGAACAAGUUGAUUUCUUCAGUGCUUGGCAAGUAACUUUUAAAAGUAAUGGUCCAGAUAAGAAGGAAAGAACCAAACGCAAUGAAAACAUCGGAAUGCAAAAAAGUGCUAACUUUACUAUUGUCUCUACUACACUUAUGAUUGGUUUAAACAUAUAUAAAUCCCUUGUUUUCUGACCAACUUCCUUACAACAAAAUCUCUUCUGAAUCUAAGUGACACAGAAAUCCUAUGUGAGGAACAUGUAAAAUUGUAAACUUUCUUGGAUAUUGUUUUCAACUCUUAUGAUUGGUUGAAAUCUUUUAACACGAAAAAACACCCUUUGUGUAAAAAUGAAAACAUUCCUAUGUGACGGGAAAGCGUAUUGCGCCAUAACAAAAGACAGUGCUUCCCUUCUCACCCGGAUCCGUACUUUAAAAAAAAAUGUUAGAGCUGCUUGUCCAAAGGACAAGCUGGAAGUCUUUUUUUCGAGGUCGGAGGCGACGUUAGCUGUUUAAACUGAACUGGUUGGAAAAAAGCUAUCCACUGGAUAAAUCUCUAUCCAUAUAAAUCCUUGGUUUUCCUAAUACUUUAACAUCUGCGGGAUAGUAAUAAUAAUAAUAAUAAUAAUAAUAAUACUUUAUUUAGCGCCAUUUCUAGUGACGCCCGGCAACAGCGCUUCACGAUAAAUGGUUAAAAUAUUACAAAUACUGUUCAUAAGAGUGUUACAUUGUGAAAUUACAUUACAUUGAAACGAAUCAAAACGAAAUAAAGUAUAACAAAACUAACUGAUUAUCCAUCAUUUUAGCAACGGGAAAUUUUUUAUAUCUUUGAAGCAAAAUAGUUCGGAAGGCUUCAUCGGCGUACGAUAAUUCCUUUUAGGUUUAAAAAGGGACCAAAUAUAACUCUGUACGUUGAAACCCAAAACCAUAUGAACUCUUUAAAAUAUUUUUCUGUUAAACUGUAAAAUUCGUCAUGCAUCCACUACUUGGAAGGAACUAGUUCGAAAAUCACUAUGUUUGCCCAUUUUCAGGAAUAUCACAGAAAUCGUGAAAAAAAUUAAGAGUUUAUGUGAUUUUUGGGGACGCUGUCACAAAAUUACAGACGUUUGUAUGUAUCUUUAACAAUGUUUCACGAGUCAUAACUUGAUCCCUGUUCAACCUUAGAGCACUUAGUCAAAUAACCAAACUCAAUAUGGUGGUGUCAGUUUAUCGAUUAGUUUAAAUUUGAAACUCGCCCGAGUUCCCUACGCAACUCCGAAAUUGCCAGUCACUAGUUGUACUAUUAUUUCUAAAUUCGAAUAAAGUUGUGGACUGGAUGGGCAUUUCUAUGAAAACUAGACAAACUAUAGCCUGCGCCACAGACGGAACUAAACUUCUGGUUGAGCAGCGUGUCUGCGAAAGGAUGUCGUGGCUCAAUUUUAUCCUUGCUUUCACUUUUAUUUUUUAUAGUCUUUGGGUAUGGUAAUGUAUGAUAAAGAGUUUGAAACAAAAGAAAAUAAAUUUUAAACCAAGAAUAAAAUUGAACCACAACAUAAAUGUCGUAUUUAGUUGUAACGAUUUCAUUUUUGAAUCUUUUCUAGGGCCUUGGUGCUUAUAGUAUCAGCAAGACAGCUCUGCUGGGUUUGACGAAGGUCUUAGCAAUUGAAUGUGCUCAGAUGGGUGUGAGAGUCAACUGUGUUGCUCCUGGGAUUAUAAAAACAAGAUUUAGUGAAGCGGUCAGUGGAAAUUUUAAUUAUUUUGUUAUUGUACUGCCAAUGCAAAUAAGAUUAUCAUUCGAGUUAUUUUUCCGAAGUUGGAUUGGAAAGUUUAGGGAUCAUCAUGAUUACAUUUUCGAGGCUGUGGGGGGAGUUUGGGAUCAUUACGUCAGCUGCAGUUACCUGGCUAUGAACAAUGGUCUGCUCAUGCGCAGACGAUGCAUUACGUGUGCGCAGUGUGGUCCCUGUCUUCGUUGCAUUCCCCUUAGUGACUAAUCUGAAGGUUGCGCGCGCAAUGCUUGAUUUCCAACGUCAAACUGUGUUCCAUGCGAUACUCUGUUGGUCGUUAUUUUCUUCAAAACAAAGUGUAAUAAAACAGUUAUUAGAGUCAGUUUUUGUGAUAUCUUAAAUAAUCAAGGCCCGUAGUGUUAUCAGCCUCGGCCUUCGGCUUGGUUGGUAACUCUUACCCGACCUUUAUUAGUGCGGAUAUCACAAAAACUUCAUCCAAUAAUUGUUUAUUGAAUUUUUUAAUUGUGGAAUUAUAAAAACAAUGAUAACAUGUACAACUCCAGUUUGUUUUCUUUCGUUAUAAUGUAAUAGCAAGAGCCAUAAUAUUAUCAUGGUAAUAGCUAAAUCAGGAUAUUUCUAAUUGGUUUCAGAUUUGGAAAAAUGAAGCAUUAAUGAAAAAUACGCUUAAUCAAAUUCCCAUUUCAAGGUAAGCGAUCGGUGACAAAGGAAACUUUAGUUCGUUUGUUUUCUAUAUUUCCCGGCUUAGAUUACGCUGAGCAAUGAUUAGACUUUCUAAUGUCGUAGGAUAAGGACGAAGAACUAUCUUAAAAAGGUCUAAAUUAAAGUACUUCCGCUGAAUCCUUCGUGGUGUAACCUGUUUGAGGCUCCAAUGAAGUGGUCGUUAAAUCUCUCUACCCAGUUCCCGCGCUUCCUAUUUUUGCUGACGUUGUUUUCGCGACGUGAUCCCUACUAUGUGACAGCUUGGUGCAGAUCUCUUCUGUAAAAAUGGCGGCCUAUUUAUAUAUUGUUUUAUACGUAUGAUAAUUAGCCUUUCUGACAUCAUUAGCAUGUGCAAAAUGCAAAAAAAUCCUUACUGUCAAAGAGGUCAGAAAGGCUAAUUAUCAUACACUGAUAAAAGAAUAUAUUGAUUGGCCGCCAGUUCACGAGUUCUAUAGACUAACCCCGCCGGAUAAAAAGAACCACUAAGAGAAGAAAUAAUAUGUCAAAAACUUGGGCGUCGUGCUUCAUCAUGGGUUCCAAACACCUCGAAACAUUCGUUCUCAGAUGAAACUAUAAGAAAUUAUGCAGUGGAAUUUGUUGGCUUUUGACUGCAUGAAUAAUUAAUGAGUUUGAGAAAUAACAUAUCUCUAGCAGUGACUUCCCCAAAAUGCCAUCAUUGGUCUAAUAUAGUCUAAGGCCGCGUUAACACGUAUCCGUGUUUUUUUGUUUUGUUUUGUUUUGUGUUUUUUUCGAAAACUGCGGUUUUUUCUCAAGUUUUGCCUCCCGCCACACGUAUCCGGUCACCAAAAAGGCUCUCGAGUGAAGUUUUUUGAAAACGCUGGCCACUCGUUUACGUUUGGACGGACGAAAACGGAGGUUUCCGAAUACGAUGAUGUAAUGCAUCGUUUACUACUAGCAUAAAGCAUGCUCUGUGAGGAUGCUAUCGUAUUUCCAUUGUUUAGCGUUUUCGUGUGGACGGGCGAAAACGAUUCGAGUACGCCACGUGUGGAGGCGUACUUUUUUGAAAACGGAGGGAAAAAUCUCCGUUUUCAAAAAUAUCCGGAUACGUGUGGACGGGGCCUAAAUAUAACUUAGAGAUAUCCUGUUCAUCUAACAUGAAAGUCAUCGUUAAAGAGGAAGGAUCACACGAUUACUAAGUUUUGCCCCUACUGAGUUCAGUAGCGCCAUUGAGGCAAGGGUUUCUAGCUAGCCUUUCCGAUCGUUUGUAAUUGCUGAAUUUUUCAUUCUCUACUGUUGAAAAGGGAAAUGUCAUGCAGUAAAUAAGCAAAACGUUUUCCUUUUUGAAAAUACAGCUCUUUCUAAAUUCCCAAGUUUACUCCGCGUGACAUUAACAUGGCAACCGAGAAGGCCGUCACAUAUUCUAAAAAAAAUUUUAUCGCAUGAUAGUAUGGCCUUUGAAUGGUGAAAGUAUUAGAAAACGUGUUUAGGGGAAAAAUUUGCUCGUUCGCAGUGAACAGCUGAUCAAAUUUGUGAACCAGAUGUUUGCAUAAUUUCUGGCCGCCAUAUUUGUGGUCCUCGGAGGAGCACAAAUAUGGCGUCCUCAUAGUGAGCCCUAUAAAUUUCUGUUACACAUUUUGAAGAACAACUCAGCAGCGGAAAACUGCACAGACGUGAGACUUGGCCAAGUUGUUAAUUUAUCGAUAUUCUAUAAUUUCUGAAAUCCUUGGCUUCAGACAUUCCACGGUUUUGAUUUUAGUUUUCGAUGUCGUGACAGUGAAAACCACCAAUACUGUUUUCGGAUUUGCGUUUUUAAACUUCUUUCACGGUAACAUAAUCUCGCAUCACGUCUUUUUAGAGUCCAACGCUAGAGUUUUCGUAUGAAUUUCCUGACCCUAUCCUUACACACUUGCCGCUUUUCAAAGUAAAAAGGACAAAUGCCCGAGAAGGGGAACGGGAACACUUUGAUUUGACGCAGUCAUCACCUCCUAUGUUUAUUCAUGUUGCAUUUUUUUUUUAACUGAAGGUUUGUUUGCAUGGUUGCAGGCUUGUGAGUGUUACUUUUUGGCUAAGCGCAGAAGAAAGACCGUUGCCUCCUUAAAUCUCGUUUGUUUUCAGGUUGGGUGUGGCGGAUGAUAUCGGUGGAGCAGUUUCUUUUCUUUCCUCUGAUCAGGCAUCUUACAUCACAGGAGAAACUUUAGUGAUAGCUGGUGGUCUACAAUCAAGACUUUGA